AUGGAGUGGCAAUUUGUAAUACCGCAAGCAACGGCAGAGCUUCUGCGAUCAGACAAAAACCAUUACUGCGUCGGAAGAGUACUCGACGCCGCCGAAGUUCCGGACGCUCUUAAAGCUUCACGAGUUGGCUUGACUGAUCCUUUCGGCAUAUUCGAUCACUUUGAUACAUUUUACUCUGUGAUCGAUAAUGGUAAAAAGCUCCCAGGACCACAGCUUGUACGCGCAUACGAUCAGCUGUACGAGGCAACAGACAAACUAGGCAAUACCUUGGCGAAUCUGUUUUCCCAAAAAGAGAUUGACCAAACUGAUCGGUUGACAUGCUUGAAUGCAGUUAAAAUGUUAGCCUUCCUCACGAACGGCAUGGUAAAGGUGAUUGACGCGUACGUAAAGACCGCCAACGAAAAGGUUGUAAAGAAGGGCAAGAAACAAGUGAGCGAAAGUGCUGAAGCGCUGGACUGGGACGACAAACGGUAUCAGUGCGUAGUGCAGCUGUACAAUCUAUUUCAGCUGCCGUUGGAGAAGCUUUGGGACCCUCCGGUUUGCGAGGAAUCGUUUGUGGAUGUGGUCUGCGACAUUUGCUAUCGAACUCUUGAACAACAGUACGUGCGAAGUCGCGACGCCGUGGACAGCGUAUUUCAGAUCCUCGGAACGGCUAUCAAACGUUACAACCAUUCGCUUUCAUUUCCUGUGCGCAUACUGCAGAUUUUGGAGCACGUUGAGGCGGCGAUCCCACCGAUCGCGACCGGUGUGCUGCUACUGUAUGAAGAGUUUGGCAUCACGACUAUUUAUCCUGUGAUAAUCAAGGAAAUAAUCGAGCGUUUGAGCGUGGACUCAGCCGAUGCGCAGACCGGUCGAUUUUUUAGCCUAUUUCUGCUCGAACUCGGCGUGAAGGCGCCAAAACUAAUGAUACCGCACCUGUCGACGCUAGGCGAGGAACUUCUGAACCUCGAAUCAUACACACUGCGCAACUGCGUGCUGCAGAUAAUGGGCGAAGCGGUUACCAGCGAACUCACGUCCGAGGAUUUGACGGAUGAACUUAAGGAAACGCGCGACGAGUUCCUGGAUGACCUACUAAACCAUAUGAUGGAUGUUUCAGCGCACGUCCGCUCAAAAGUGCUUCAAAUUUGGUUUCAUCUGAAGGAACGAAACUCUGUGCCCCUGGCGUGGAUUCAUAAGGUUCUACAGAUUGCUGUUGAACGGCUUGAGGAUAAAGCGUUACAGGUUCGGAAGCAUGCCAUCGCACUCAUCAAAGCCUUUCUGGAGCAUAAUCCUUUUGCCGCAAAGCUAUCUCUGGCCGAAUUGCGAUCCCAAUACGAAGAGGAGGAUAAAAAGCUACAAGAGAUUCGCAAUCGGCUGGUAGAGCAAGACACGAAGCUGAAGACCUUAGAGGAAGAGUGGGAAGAGUUGGUUGUACAAAUGUACCCGACGGUGUCGGAACUGUUCAGCAAAGAACCUGAAGACAUCGAGACAAGCACGGAGGCAGACGUGAAAGCACUGGCCGAUGGUAUCGUGUCUUUGUUGAAAGAAGAAAAUUACAAGGAGCUGGUUCGGUUGGUACAGCGAGCAGAUUUUGCACUAGGAAACCACGAUGAGCGCAAAGAAAUGACUCUCGAGCAUCAAUGUAUUUACUACAUCACGCUGCUCAAAAGCUAUUUCAUUCACAAUCACACUGACGCAAAUUUGAAUGCUGAGUUGCAAAAAAUCGAAAACUCGGUUAAUUUUUCGCACGACUCUCUCCGGUUUUCGGAGCUAAUUUCGGAUGCCGUGCCGAAACUGCUUGACAUGCUGAUGUCGAAGGCCCAGUCUGACGUGCACGGGGCGAUUGACUUCUUCACUUCUGCGUACCUUUUCGGCAUCAAAGGCACUGAGAAAGGGAUGCAACAGAUGUUGUUUCUGGUUUGGUCAUCGGACAAGGAAAAGCGAGAAAGCGUAACUUCGGCCUACAAGCGCAUUCUGUUCGAGACUAACCUGCAGGGCAGAGCGCAUACCGUGACAGUCGUGCGGAACCUUAGCAAGUUUCUUACCAAUUUAACAUGCGGCCACUAUGCUGCUAUGGAGGUGUUGGUGCAGGAAUGGGUAGAGACCGGUGAUCUCGAUGCCCAGAUGAUACAGGUUCUGUUUGAAAUCUACACCAUGAAGCUAGAGAAUGUAACCGAAAAUGAGGCGCGCUUGGCUCUUCAGUUAUUGAUCAUGGUAUCGGCUGCUAAGCCAUCCGUGGUGACAGCAAACAUGCAACUGUUAGAGACAAUCGGUUUUAAGGAACGUGGACGAAAUGAUCCCCGCAUUUUCGUCGCUACCCUUUCAUUGCUGAUGAAUUCUGUUGCACUGGCAACAGACUCCUCGAAGCACUACAAACGGUUCGAGCACGGCGCACCAACGGUGGAAUCGGUUUUAAAUCUGUUCCACAAGCUGUUCUUCUGCGCAAAGGUUGAAAACUAUGAUGAAAUUGGAACGAAAGUCUUUGAUUUUAUCUAUAAAAUGGUCAAGGCACCCGAUGUAUUAUCGCAAUCCGUUGUGGUACAACUGUUCGAGAAGCUGCAAAAAAUAUCUGACGACAAUCGACAGCCAGAAGCUGAUGUCCAACGUUCCGAUGGUAGUCAGAUACCGGGCGCAACCCAGCAAGACCAGGACGAACAUUUGAUGCUUACUGUUCCCAACUUUCUCGCAACUCGGUUCAUUUUUACGGUUGGCUAUGUAGCAAUGCGCGAGAUGAUCUACCUCGACAUCGAUGUAUACAGCAAUAUGAAAUAUCGCCAGGAGCUGAAAGAUGAGCUCAAGAAUCAGAAAAAGAAAAAUGACGUCAUCAAUGGCUGUAAAGGGACCGCCUCCACUGCGACGCCAAGCUCUGCCGGAAACAAGCGGAAAACAUUGUCUCUUGAUGUGUCAGCCAGCAACGCUCUAAAGCGCCUGUCCGGAUCGACCGCUACGAGUGGUGCGACCGGAGGGGAACAAGCAGAACCGGAAGAGGAACUACUAAGUGGAGCGACAGCUGAAGAUGCCGUUGCCGAGGAAAUUAAUCACAUUUGUGAAAACGAAAUGUUAUACGUGAAAGAUCAUCUGCUCAAUCCGCUUAUAUCAAUGGUAGUAGAGGUUUGCAAGUAUCCCAGCCGGUUCCGUGACGAGUUGCUGCAAACAUCAGCGGUCCUCACCAUGAUUCGACUCAUGGGUGUUUCUUCAAAGUUCUGCGAGCAUCACAUUCCGUUUUUGAUGAACAUUUUCCAACACACAAAAAAUACGCGUAUCAAAUGCAACAUUGUGAUCGGCUUGUCAGACUUCACCUUCCGCUUUCCUAACGUUACGGAAUCGUGGACGAGCCACAUGUAUGCAACACUUUACGAGCCGGAUCCGGAACUACGUCUAACUGCGGUCAAGAUGUUAUCACAGUUGAUUCUACACGAAAUGAUUCGCGUCAAAGGUCAGAUAUCGGAUCUGGCGCUGUGUAUCGUGGAUCCGGUGCCGGAAAUUCGUACCAUAACCGAGCAAUUUUUCAAGGAGAUCGCUAACAAGUCCAACAUACUGUACAAUGUGCUGCCAGACAUUAUUUCCCGAUUGAGUGACCCCAAACUGGAGCUGGAGGAACAAAAGUACCACGUCAUUAUGCGCUACGUCAUCGGGCUGAUCAACAAGGACAAGCAAAUCGAAAGCCUAGUAGAGAAGCUUUGCUUACGAUUCCGUGUAACAAGCGAAGUGAGGCAGUGGCGCGACAUCGCCUUCUGUCUGUCCCUACUUUCAUACAACGAAAAAACGAUCAAAAAGUUGUCGCAAAACGUAGGAUGCUUCAAGGAUAAGGUUCAACACGAGGAAAUAUAUCUUGCCUUCAAAACGAUCAUUGGCAACACAAACAAAUUGGCGAAGGCAGAACUCAAGGCCGCCGUAUCCGAAUUUGAAACGCGUCUCAACGAGUGUCUGGAAGUGAAUGAUGGUGGUCGCGAGGUGGAUGACGAGAUCGCUUCAACUUCCGCGUCUUCUACGCUGCCACCGGCGACCGGUAGAGGACGUGUAGCAGGCAAGGGCUCACGACAACAAGCCGCCAAAAAAGGAAAGCCUCCUUCAGGACGUCGCGCUGUGCGGCGGGGGAACCAAAGCUCAUCCGAAGACGACAGUGACAGCGAAGAGGAAAACCUUCCACCACCCGCUAGUUCCAGAGCCGCGGUCCGCGCGCGGCAGAACUUGAAAAUUACCAAGGUCAUCGAGAGUGACAACUCAGAUGACGAGGAAAGCAUGCCUCCGAAACGGGACAAACGUAGCAAGCGGUAGUACUCCGCCUGGUCCGUCCUAAUAU